CGCCUCGGUUGUUAUUCCUAAACUUGAAUGAAAUGGACACUUCAGGUGAAGAUUACGAAAAAGUUCAAAAUGAAGACGAGUCAAAUCCUCUUACAAAGAAAGAACUAAUAGGAUGGUAUCUUCAUAAUUUUGCUAUUGGUGUUUAUGAUACAACUGCGAUAUCAGUGUUUAUUCCUGUAGUUCUAGAAACGCUUUCUAGUGAGGCUGGAUAUGAACUCGAUAAAGUGACUCCCUGCAAUACAACAGUUACAGAUUAUACAUGUGUCACGCGUUUUGGUGCAAGUUUUGUCGACACUGAAUCAUAUUCGCUUUAUAUAAUCGCAUUAUCUGUACUAUUUCAAGCGAUUCUAUUUAUUAGUUGUGGUUCACUGGCUGAUCAUGGAAGUUCGCAUAAAAAAUUUCUUCUGUUCUUUUCUUUUGUUGGGGCAAUUUCAACGAUUGCAUUUGUUACUGUUGUUAAUCCUCCAUAUAUUCCAAUAUUUACUCGAUGUCACCCGAAUAUCAUAGAAGCAAAACAUUCUGGUGCAUCUAUUGCUGAAAUCAAAACAUUGAGAGAUGUAAUCGCCACUAAACUGGCUUCAUACUCAAUGGCUGCAGAUCUUAGUGCUGGUUUGAUAAUAAUAUUCGCAGGAAUCGGAAUAAUUCUCGCAAUGAACCAAAGUUCUUUUAGUUUUCAGCUUGCUUUAGUAGUUUGUGGUGUAUGGUGGCUGUUUUUUCUUAUUUUUCCCGCGAUGUGGUUGACUAGCAGGCCUAGGCCACCCUUACCUAAGGGUGAAAAUUAUCUUGUAUAUUCAUGGAAACGUGUGGGAAAAACGUUGAUGUCAACUCGUGAACUUUGGCAGACCAUGAAAUUUCUUUUUGCUUUUUUUUUCAUAUCAGAUGGCCAAAACACAAUAGUAACGGUUUGUGUUCUAUUUGGCAAAAAAGUUCUUGGGAUGUCAGACCUCGAACUCUCAAUAUUUGCCAUAAUCGUUCCAGUAUGUGCUGUAAUAGGAUUUUGGUUACCAUUUGGAUUAGUAAAUAAAUGGGAAGUUUGGAUGUACUUGGUAUUGUUUGGAUUGAUUAUUGGAUCAAUACAAGGUUAUUGCCAGGCUUGUUUUGCUAUAAUUAUACCAGAAGGACAUGAAAAUGAGUUUUUCUCAUUGUUCCAGAUUACUGCAAAGGGAUCAAGUGCAAUAGGACCUCUCGUAUCAGGUGCUAUCACAAAUUACACCCAUAAUAUAAGAAAUUGUUAUUGGUUUUUAUUCGCAAUAAUCGCUUCGCCAAUUUUUAUACUAGCAACUGUUGAUAUUGAAAAGG